AUGGCGAUGCCUCGCCAUAACGAUGUGUUGUAUCUCGUUGCGCAAUAUCUACAGGCUACGGGGCUGUAUGCCAGCUCUUUAGCGUUGCAACAGGAGAGUGGACUGGAUGUGACUUGGUUACGGGGUGGUUUGCAUGAGGUUGCGUUGCUACGGCGUUGGGUUUUCGCUGGAGAUGUAACAAGAGCUCGAGCGUUGUUGCAGCCUUUGAAGAGUAUCAAUGAAGUAUCCGAGGAGUUUACGGCUGCAUUAUUAGCUCUGGACGAGCUGGAAAUAUUGAUGAAGACUCAAUUCCGAGGUGACACGCAGUCGAGACUCGCUCAAGUCAAGUUAAAGUGUUUUGAAAAACUGGUUCCUCUGUUUAGAGCUCCUGUUGAUGUAGACGAGAGCGACGUGUUCAAGUAUGUUGCAAUGCCGAAGUUACAACUUGUUGGAUUGAUACGUGAUGCUGUGCUAUUCCACCGGCAGAUUGGUGAUGGUACAGCUCGAGAUUGUAUUUCGGUGACGAGUAUUGGCGAGGACAUUGCGUCUGAAGAAGAGCACGAUGGAAAUGAAAUUUUGCUACUGGAUAAACGACAUAACGAAGUGUUGAUCGAAGAGACUGCAGUCGUUCCAGAAGAUCAAAGUGUGGCGCAUUCAGUUGAGUGGACGAUGUGGCAAAAACAACAACGCAACCCGAUGGCAUUUUCCAUGAAUUUGGAUAGAUUUCAAUGGCAAGAAGAUGACAGUGAGGGGAUUGAUGAAGACUUUAUUCAAGAUGUGAAGGAGACUGCUGAUGCUGCCGUGAGCUGUGAGAUUGACGUGAAGAUAAUGGUAGAUGCUACCGUGAGCUGUGAACUGGAUACUAAGGAGACUGUAGACGCUGGCGUGAAUUGUGCACCAGAAGAGAAGAAAACUGCCGAUGUCGCUGUAAGUUGUGGAUCAGAUGAGUGCAGCGCCGUGGCCACACAGACCGAAAGUAUACCGCCGCUUGGCGAAAUAGUCGAGGAACGUACUGUGAAAGAUAAUAAUUGUGGCGAAAGAGUCGACGAUAUCCAUCGUAUCGGCCUGGAAAGCAACAACUCGAUUGUAAUGAAUGCGGAAGCUGACAACAACCAGCGCGGUGGUAGCAACUUGGUUGCAGUGGAAACAAAAUCUAGCUUAGAGCAACCGCAAACAGCUCAACGUGAACAGAUUCAGCAAGCUCUAAUUACCAGUCCCGCUAUCUCAAGCCAAGACUUCACUGCUAGCUGGGCUCAACAGAGUUCAAACAGUCUUCAAUUGAAUCCGUACCCUGAAAAUGGGGAGCCCCAGCAGAAACAAAUGUUCACCGAAGACAUUCUUCCACCUGAACAAGAUAAUUUUGCAGACCUGCAACACGAUCUCAAUGAUGAACUAGAUUUCGAUGUUGAAAUCCCGAUGGGGCUCAAGGGUCCACCGCUGCACUACGACGAACUUAAACUCGACCAUGUGGUGUGUGCAGGCGUAAUUGCUGAAGUGAAAGAGCCUCAAGCCGUACGCGCGUUGGACGUUCAUCCAACUGGAAACCACUUCGCUGUUGGUACAAAUGCACGUGCGUUACGAAUCUUUAACUUAUCAACCCCCUUACAGCAGCGACAGCAGCAAUUAUCCUGGUCUUCCCCUCAAAACAUGAUACUGCCGCUACUCCCCGUAACACUUGAAAGACACAAGCAUCACGACUCGGGUAUCUAUUGUGUUUCCUACAAUCAUCAUUUACUCAACUAUGGCGAUACUUCGAUGGUUGCGUCAGGUGCAGCCGAUGGAUCCGUUAAGGUGUUGAUAACAAAAGAUAGAGAUCCAUUACAGAAGCAGCAAGUCGACGAAUUCUGGAUACAGCGAGGCGACGUCAACGGGUUAAAGGGCAAAACUCGGGCACUGGAAUUUUCAUCCCCUCAUUUACUAUGGACUACCUCAACUAACGAUCGUCGCUUGAGUUGUUGGGAUGUUCAACGAACUCACAAACACUCAAAUAGUGGACCCUUUCAGACACUUGAUGGUCAUGUUGGGGAGAUCCAAACGAUCGCUAUGCCUCAUUCAGCCUCGACUAGCACCUUAUUGCUGAGUGCAGCCCUCGAUAAAACAGUACGUCUCUGGGAUACGCGUAGCAGACGUUGUGAGCGCUUAGUGACGUCUGGGGAGCACGCUGCGUUUGCCCUGCAUUUCCACCCAAGUGAUGACAAACUGGUAGUCUCAGGUCACCAAGACGGUAGCGUUUCUCUUUGGGAUCUGCGAUCUACCGCACGAGAGGCUUUGCAGAUUAUUCUGCCUCACCAAGACGAAUGUCGAUCUGUGCGCUGGUCUCCUGGAGGUCAGUGGCUGCUCAGUGCCGCCUUUGACGGUACGAUCUGCAUCAUGCAAGUCUCCAGUUCAACGUUGCAACCUGUUGCUAGUUACCACAAACAUUACGGUAAAGUGUUACAAGCGCAAUGGCAUCCAACCGAACCAGCAUUCGUGUCCUCAGGUGCGGACAAGCGGGUCAAACUCUGGGCCUUCGCAUAAGCUCGAUGUAGCCAUCUUCUUCAAAUGCAAUGUGACGACAGAAACGUACAGUAAAGCUCCGAUUAGCGCAAUAGAUCUACAAAAUGGCUGCAAAAGGACGAAGCCAAGAUAACUUUAGCUACAUAAGCGAUCAACAAUAGAGGUAUAUUUGAAUGAAUCGAAG